ACUCAAAAUCAAACUACAAAAGAGUUCGAACAGUACACAAAUACAGUGUUACUUGUUUAAAGUAAAGUUCUAUCAAGUUAUUGUGCAAAAAAGAAUCAACGAAGAUGCAGAUUUUCGUCAAAACUUUAACUGGCAAGACAAUCACCUUGGAAGUUGAGCCUUCUGAUACCAUUGAGAAUGUCAAGGCCAAGAUUCAGGACAAGGAGGGUAUUCCCCCAGACCAGCAGCGUUUGAUUUUUGCUGGCAAGCAGCUUGAGGAUGGACGUACUCUUUCUGAUUAUAACAUCCAGAAGGAGUCAACCCUCCACUUGGUGUUGCGUCUGCGUGGUGGCAUGCAAAUCUUCGUCAAGACCUUGACUGGCAAGACCAUCACCCUCGAGGUUGAGCCCUCUGAUACCAUUGAGAACGUUAAGGCCAAGAUUCAGGACAAGGAAGGUAUUCCCCCAGAUCAGCAGCGUUUGAUUUUCGCUGGCAAGCAGCUGGAGGAUGGACGUACUCUUUCUGAUUAUAACAUCCAGAAGGAGUCAACCCUCCACUUGGUGUUGCGUCUGCGUGGUGGCAUGCAAAUCUUCGUCAAGACCUUGACUGGCAAGACCAUCACCCUCGAGGUUGAGCCCUCUGAUACCAUUGAGAACGUUAAGGCCAAGAUUCAGGACAAGGAAGGUAUUCCCCCAGAUCAGCAGCGUUUGAUUUUCGCUGGCAAGCAGCUGGAGGAUGGGCGUACUCUUUCUGAUUAUAACAUCCAGAAGGAGUCAACCCUCCACUUGGUGUUGCGUCUGCGUGGUGGCAUGCAAAUCUUCGUCAAGACCUUGACUGGCAAGACCAUCACCCUCGAGGUUGAGCCUUCUGAUACCAUUGAGAAUGUCAAGGCCAAGAUUCAGGACAAGGAAGGUAUUCCCCCAGAUCAGCAGCGUUUGAUUUUCGCUGGCAAGCAGCUGGAGGAUGGACGUACUCUUUCUGAUUAUAACAUCCAGAAGGAGUCAACCCUCCACUUGGUGUUGCGUCUGCGUGGUGGCAUGCAAAUCUUCGUCAAGACCUUGACUGGCAAGACCAUCACCCUCGAGGUUGAGCCUUCGGAUACCAUUGAGAAUGUCAAGGCCAAGAUUCAGGACAAGGAAGGUAUUCCUCCAGACCAGCAGCGUUUGAUCUUCGCUGGCAAGCAGCUGGAGGAUGGACGUACUCUUUCGGACUACAACAUUCAGAAGGAGUCAACCCUCCACUUGGUGUUGCGUCUGCGUGGUGGCAUGCAAAUCUUCGUCAAGACCUUGACUGGCAAGACAAUCACCUUGGAGGUUGAGCCUUCUGAUACCAUUGAGAAUGUCAAGGCCAAGAUUCAGGACAAGGAGGGUAUUCCUCCAGACCAGCAGCGUUUGAUCUUCGCUGGCAAGCAGCUGGAGGAUGGACGUACUCUUUCUGACUACAAUAUCCAGAAGGAGUCAACCCUCCAUUUGGUUUUGCGUCUUCGCGGCGGAAUUUAAAUUUAAAUAUUCAAACAAAAACUAUUAAAAAUUAAUAUCAAUAAUCCAUAUAUAUGUAUUUCAGUAGAAAAAAGUUGUCUGCUGCAAAAAUGAUAUUCACAUUUAAAUAAUCAAUAAAUAUUCAAAUUAUUCAAUUCAAUGCAA